AUGUCCUUCCCUAUGGACAAGAAAGACCCAGAGUCUGACCUGGCUGAGGACAACGUCUCUUCCGCAGAAGGACAACUCGGUGCCUACGACCGCAUGCCAGAGUCCCUUCGCGCACUCAGCGACGAUGAGUUCACUACUCUCAACAAGAAGACUGUCCGAAAGGUUGACCUAUUUGUCCUCCCAACAAUCUCUAUCUUGUACAUUCUCAACUACAUUGAUCGCCAAAAUCUAUCGGCUUCUAAACUUCAAGGCAUCAUGGAAGAUUUGCACAUGUCGGAACAGCAAUUCGCCACGGCUAUCUCCAUUCUAUUCGUCGGCUAUUUGCCCUUCCAAAUUCCCAGCAACCUCCUCAUUACAAAGUUCUCCCGACCCGGCAUGUACAUUUGUGGUGCCGUGGCAAUCUGGGGUUGUAUCUCGGCGUGCACAGCGGUGGUUACGACAUAUGGUCAGCUCCUCGCUGUCCGAGCAAUUCUCGGGGCCGCCGAAGCCGUUUUCUUCCCUGGUGCCAUCUACUACCUCUCUGCCUGGUACACAAAGAGGGAGCUAGGGAAGCGUAUUGCCGGGCUAUAUAUUGCCCAGCAAGUCGGUAAUGCCUUCGGUGGUCUUUUUGCCGCAGCUAUCCUUCAACUUGAUGGACACCAUGGAAUCCGCGGCUGGCAGUGGCUAUUCAUCAUCGAGGGCAGUGCCACCGUUGGCAUUGGCAUCAUCUGCGCUUGCAUUAUGCCAGAAUUUCCCCACAACAGCCGCAUUCUCUCCCAGCUUGAGCGCGACUGCGCCGUGUGGCGUGUUGAGUCUGAAGCUGGUGCCGCAGAGGGCACAGAGGAUGAGAGUGUGAUGAAAGGUUUUGUCAAUGCCCUCUCGGAUCCUAAGUUGAUCCUUCUCAUCUUUUGCAACAUGUUAUCUCAAACGCAGGGCUCCAUCGCCAACUACUUCCCCACCCUCGUGGGCUCUCUCAACUUCACCAGCACCAUCAGCUUGCUUCUCACGGCACCUCCCUAUAUCCUCGCUGGGAUUGUAUACUACGUACUCAUGCUGUACUCUGAUCGAAAAAAUACCGUCUACCCAAUCAUUCUCCUUUGUAUCGCCAUCUCGAUCCCGAUGUACAUUAUCCCGAUUGCGAGUACGAACGUGGGCGCCCGCUACUUCUCCAUGAUGAUCCUUCCCUUCGCCUCCGUCGGUCCCCAGCUCCUCCUCUACAAGACCAUCAACCUGCAUCUUGCACGCCCCAUCUCGAAGCGAGCGGCCGCCUCUGCUUUGGUCAAUGCCAUUGGUGGCACAUCCAACAUCUGGGCCUCGUACCUAUACUUUGGAGAGCCUCAUUUCUAUGCUGCCUUCGGCACGCUUAUGGGUGCUGCUGUCUUGUUCGGAUUUACGAUCACUGCAUACCGCUGGCUCGUCUUGCGCGAGAACAAACGUCUGGACUCGGGUGACCCCGUGGAAAUAGCCAAGGUUAUCAAGGGCGGCGUCACAGAGGAGAUGGUACAGCUCAAAUGGCGCUACGAGAUGUACUGA